AAAAGCCUCUGUCAAUUUCUAGUAGCAGCAUUAUUUGAACUAGGCUUUGAUAAGUACUAGUGCUAAAGCAAAGCAAUGAGGUACCAUCCUGUUCCCGGUGGCCCUCCGCCUCCGCCACCAUCAGACUACCCUCCCCCUCGUCCUCCUCCUGGCCCUCCACCACCUGGCUAUCAGGGUUACUUUUAUCCUCCCGCGCCAACCCCGAACCAGCCGCCGCCUUCUUCACUCCAAGACAAUGAUGGCCCAGGUUGCUGUUCAGUUCUUAGAGACUGUUUGGCUGCAAUUUGUUGCUGCUGGAUAUUGGACUCUUGCUGCCCUUAGGCCAUUAGAUACAUCGAUCUCCUCUUUAGAACAGCAGUACUGUUGUUCGGUUACUUUUCUAUACCCACCUAAGAUGGAAAAGACAAUGUUCGAACCUGGGGAUAAUUUUUAUUGUUGGGGACUCUUGAGAUGCAGCAUUUGGUUGUAUUAUUAAUCAAAAGUAAACCUCUAUUGCUCUACAAGCAUGCACAAUAACGAGUGCAAGAAGAUAAUUAAACAAGGGGAAGGCACAUGGCACUAUUGUCCUCCCCUUGUGCUUACUUUAUUGGGAACUUUAACGAAAAGCAUCUGGUACUGUUCACUUUAA